CCGAGCAGGGCCCGGCCCGAGCUGGGCCUGGGGGUGCGACGGACGCCGAGGGCGUGGAGCGCGCGCCGCUGUUGCUGGCUGGGCCGCGCGCGCCACCUCAGGAGCUGACCUUUCACAGGAGGUGCUGGACAAGAAGGCCUGACAGGAGGAAGUCCUGACAGGAAGUCCUGUCGUGUCCCCAGCAACUGUCACCCAGCCACCUCAGCCACCUGCAACCUACCAAGCAACUCAGUACAACAGCCACACAGCUGCCGCCAUGGGGUCUGAGGACCACGGGGCCCAGAACCCCAGUUGCAAGAUCAUGACAUUCCGUCCAACCAUGGAGGAAUUUAAGGACUUCAACAAAUACGUGGCCUACAUAGAAUCACAGGGAGCCCACCGGGCGGGCCUGGCCAAGAUCAUCCCCCCAAAGGAGUGGAAGCCGCGGCAGACUUACGAUGACAUCGACGACGUGGUCAUCCCGGCGCCCAUCCAGCAAGUGGUGACCGGGCAGUCAGGCCUCUUCACCCAGUACAACAUCCAGAAAAAGGCCAUGACCGUGGGGGAGUACCGGCGGCUUGCCAACAGUGAGAAGUACUGUACCCCACGACACCAGGACUUUGACGACCUGGAACGCAAGUACUGGAAGAACCUCACGUUCGUGUCUCCCAUCUACGGGGCUGACAUCAGUGGCUCUCUGUACGAUGACGACGUGGCGCAGUGGAACAUCGGCAACCUGCGGACCAUCCUGGACAUGGUGGAGCGGGAGUGUGGCACCAUCAUUGAGGGCGUCAACACGCCCUACCUGUACUUCGGCAUGUGGAAGACCACCUUUGCCUGGCACACGGAGGACAUGGACCUGUACAGCAUCAACUACCUGCAUUUCGGGGAGCCCAAGUCCUGGUACGCCAUCCCCCCUGAGCAUGGCAAACGCCUGGAGCGGCUGGCUAUCGGCUUCUUCCCUGGGAGCUCCCAGGGCUGCGAUGCCUUCCUGCGCCACAAGAUGACCCUCAUCUCACCCAUCAUCCUGAAGAAGUAUGGGAUCCCCUUCAGCAGGAUCACACAGGAGGCUGGGGAGUUCAUGAUCACGUUUCCCUACGGCUACCACGCUGGCUUCAACCAUGGAUUCAACUGCGCCGAGUCCACCAACUUUGCCACGCUACGGUGGAUUGAUUACGGCAAAGUGGCCACUCAGUGCACGUGCCGGAAGGACAUGGUGAAGAUCUCCAUGGAUGUCUUCGUGCGCAUCCUGCAGCCUGAGCGCUACGAGCAGUGGAAACAGGGCAAGGAUCUCACUGUCCUGGACCACACCAGGCCCACGGCCCUGAGCAGCCCGGAACUCAGCUCCUGGAGCGCCUCGCGCGCCUCGCUGAAGGCCAAGCUCCUGCGCAGACAAAUUAGUCUGAAAGAAAACAGACACUGGAGAAAGACUGAGGAGGAGAGGAAACCCAGUCUAGAGAGGAGGAGAGAGCAGACCAAAAAGCCCGGGCUGGCGUCCCACCGGAAGCGCAGCCAGCCCAGGAAAGCCAAGCCUGAGGACCCCAAGUCCCCAGGGGAGGGGCCGGCCGGUGCAGCCCUCCUGGAGGAGGCCACGCCUGAGAAUGACCCAGAAGAGGAGGAUGAGGAGCCGCCGCCAGCCCCACAGGGCCAGGCCCGGGAGGCCGAGGGCACAGAAGAGGAUGGGAGGGGCAAGCUGCGGCCCAGCAAGGCCAAGAGCGAGCGGAAAAAGAAGAGCUAUGGCCCCCUCUCGUCCUCACUGCUGUCGCAGCUGCCGCCAGCCCUGCCAGCCCCGAUGCCCACCGAGGAGGCCCUGCGGCUGCCACCCCCACCCGAGCCCUCAGCGCUGGCCCCGGGGCCCACGGCGGCUGAACAGGGCCCCUCCCCCGUGCCCCUCAAUGUGGUGCCACCCGAGGUCCCUGGGGAGGAGCAGGACAAGCCUCGGCCCAUCAUCCCCAUGCUUUAUGUGGUGCCCCGGGCCAGCGUCACCCCGCCGGACAGAGACCUCGGGCCCAGCCCCCAGGCCGCCCCCAUGGAGCUGACGGGGCCCGACGAGGAGACCAAAGCCCUGGCCAGUGAGGCGCAGGUUCCCUCCACCUUUUCCAAGUUAAAGAUGGAAAUCAAGAAGAGCCGCCGCCACCCGCUGGGCAGGCCGCCCACCCGGUCCCCGCUGUCCGUGGUGAAGCAGGAGGCCUCGAGUGACGAGGAAGCAUCCCCGUUCUCCGGGGAGGAGGACGUGAACGACCCCGAGGCGCUGCGGUCCCUGCUGUCGCUGCAGUGGGAGAGCAAGGCCGCCAGCUUCCAGGCCGAGCGCAAGUUCAACGCCGCGGCCGCCCUCACCGAGCCCUACUGUGCCAUCUGCGCCCUCUUCUACCCCUACAGCCAGUCUGUACAGACAGAGAAGGAGGCCACCCAGGGCCCCCUCGGGGAGGGUGCCUCUGCCCCGCCGCCUUCCAAGAGCGGCCAGCGGACUCGACCGCUCAUCCCAGAAAUGUGCUUCACGUCCAGCGGGGGGAACACCGAGCCGCUGCCCGCCAACUCCUACGUGGGUGACGACGGCACCAGCCCGCUCAUCGCCUGCACCAAGUGUUGCCUGCAGGUCCACGCCAGUUGCUACGGGGUCCGGCCAGAGCUGGCCAAGGAUGGCUGGACGUGCUCCCGGUGUGCGGCCCACGCCUGGACUGCGGAAUGCUGCCUGUGCAACCUCCGGGGAGGGGCGCUGCAGACCACCACCGAGCACAGGUGGAUCCACGUGAUCUGCGCCAUCGCCGUACCCGAGGUGCGGUUCUUGAACGUGAUCGAGCGCAACCCGGUGGACAUCAGCGGCAUUCCCGAGCAGCGGUGGAAACUGAAGUGUGUGUACUGCCGGAAGCGGAUGAAGAAGGUGUCAGGUGCCUGCAUCCAGUGCUCCUACGAGCACUGCUCCACCUCCUUCCACGCCACGUGCGCCCACGCAGCCGGCGUCCUCAUGGAGCCAGACGACUGGCCCUACGUGGUCUCGAUCACCUGCCUCAAGCACACGUCCCCCGGGCAUGCUGCACAGCUCCAGAGGGCCGUAUCACUGGGCCAGGUGGUCAUCACCAAGAACCGCAACGGGCUCUACUACCGCGGGCGUGUCAUCGGCUCCAGCUCACAGACCUUCUACGAGGUGAACUUCGAGGAUGGGUCGUACAGCGACAACCUGUACCCCGAGAGCAUCACGAGCAGAGACUGCGCGCGGCUGGGGCCGCCGCCCGAGGGCGAGGUUGUGGAGCUGCGGUGGACGGACGGCAACGUCUACAAGGCCAAGUUCAUCUCCUCUGCCACCAGUCACAUCUACCAGGUGGAGUUUGAGGACGGGAGCCAGCUGACAGUGAGGCGCGGUGACGUCUUCACGCUGGAGGAGGAGCUCCCCAAGAGGGUGCGGUCCCGGCUGUCACUCAGCACUGGGGCACCCCAGGAGCCCAGCUUCUCAGGAGAAGAGGUGAAGGCUGCCAAGCGCCCACGAGUUGGCACCCCGAUCACCCCCUCCGAGGACUCGGGGCGCAGCCCGGACUACCUGGCCUUCAUGGAGAGCCUCCUGCAGGCGCAGGGCCGGCCGGGAGCUCCUUUCUAGGACGGCGCUGCUGCCAUGCCAGCCCGGCGCAGCGGGCCACAUUGGCGGCCUGGGUGUCUGCUUGCUGUGAAUUCCUGCCCUGCGCCUCUCCCCGCCCGGGUGACCCCGGGGCCCAGGGCCCGCCCCGCCCCCCGGGACCGCAGGACAAAUGGGCAUGGCAGCCUGGACUCAGGGAGCAGGGCCAGGGCUCCGCGGUGGCCGGACAGUGCCACGACCUCCGCCCUCGGCCCUGUUCUUCUCCAAAAGGUGCUAUGGCUGCGGCGAGCAGCCGGGGGCCUGCGCCCCGCCUGGCGAUCCCCCCGCCCCCCUGCACGCCAGGAAAGGGAGCCCGCGGGAGAACCCAAAGCUGUUUUCUAGAUUUGUGGCUUUAACACCAACAAGCGAAACAGAACCAGGGGGCUUCUCUUCUCAGCCCCGCGAUGCGUGGAGCCGAAGCGCGUGGAUUUCUGGGGUUUCCCAUCUCCGCAGCCACUGAGCGGGCAGGGACGGCGCCGCAGCUCAGGGACACGGGCAGGCCCGGGGACUCGGAUGCCACAGCUGGCCGGGAGCGCCGGGGCUCUGCAGCGGCGACCGGUGGCGGCCGGGCUCUCUGGCGGGGUCCCCGCAGGGCUGCCUGGCUGUCACCGGCUGAGGUGGCAGGACCCUCCAGGCCCGGGCCAGCACGUGGGGGGAGGGCAGGGCAAGCCAGGCGCAGGAUGUGGCGCGCGUCCAUCUGCUCAGGCGCGGAUGGCACGCAGGUCCCUGCUUGACCUGCCUGGUGGACAGAGGGGCCUCCGGUCCCCCCUCCGCCUGUGUCCUCUGCCAUAUGGACGUGUGACCCAGCAGAGGAGGGGCCCCUGGCUUCACGGGGGCUGUGAGGGCCCCGGCCAGGGGAGGGCGGCAGCCGGCGCCCCUCUGCCAAGCCUCGGCCUCGGAAGGACCCGCAGGGGUGGGGGGCCCGCGCUGCCAGGGCCCCGGGGGGAGGAGGGGGGCAGCUAGGACACCCACACGGCGGCCCACGCCCGUGUUUGAAUGCUAUUUAUAUUGUAAAGAGAAGGAAGGGGAGCCGCACCCUGGGUCCGUGUGGGCCGCAGCCCGGGGGCCUGGGUGACCGGCAGAAGGCCACCGCAGGGGUCAGCACAGGACAGCACACCGAGACACCUGUGUCCUAUUUUGUGCAAAAGCAAAAUGAAACAGAACCCCACCCCCCUGUGUUCCCACGCAGUGCAGGGCGCGCUGUUCCCCCACCUCCCCGCCUCUUGGCCAUGAAUUAAAGGCUCUUGAGCACUUGGAACUCGG